UUUUUAUUUGGAAUCAGCGGGGUAGUCUGGCAACAAAAUGCUUUUCUUUUCUUUCUUUUUUUUUUCUUCAGUUUACGAGAACUGAGCUGAAGUAGAAAAUGUUAUUUACUUUAAGGAAACAAUUUACUCUUGUGCAACAUUAAAUUGUGUCAAUCAAGCAAAUAAAGGAAGAAAGCCUUAUUUAUAAAGUUGCCUGCCACUGCUUUCAUUUUAUCACAUCUCGAGCUCCAAGGACGAAGGGGGGGAAAAUGAAGCUUUGGCUGCUUGGUAUUUCUCUGUUUUUGUAUAGUUGCUCAGCCUGGGCAAAAGAAAAGCAUUAUUACAUCGGAAUUGUUGAAAGGACUUGGGACUAUGCCCCAGGCAAUGGAGAGAAGAAACUUAUUUCAGUUGACACAGAAGAUUCUAAUACCUACCUUCAAAGAGGCCCGGAGAGAAUUGGAAGAGUGUACAAAAAGGCCCUUUAUCUUCAGUACACAGAUGAAAGCUUUAAGACGGUUCUAGAAAAGCCUGACUGGUUGGGGUUUUUAGGCCCCAUCAUCAAAGCUGAAAUUGGAGAUGUAGUUUAUGUUCACUUAAAAAAUUUUGCCUCAAGGCCCUACACCUUUCAUUCUCACGGAAUAACUUACUAUAAGGAACAUGAAGGGGCCCUCUACCCUGAUAACACCACAGACUUGCAAAAAGCUGACGACAAAGUGCAGCCGGGCAUGCAGUAUACCUACAUAUUGCACGCCAACCAAGAGCAAAGUCCUGGCGAGGAAGACAGCAACUGUGUGACCAGGAUCUACCAUUCCCACAUCGAUGCUCCAAGAGACAUCGCCUCAGGGCUCAUUGGCCCUUUAAUCCUCUGUAAAAACGGUUCUUUGGAUAAAGAAAAAGAAAAAACUAUUGACCGAGAAUUUGUGGUGAUGUUUUCCGUGGUGGAUGAAAACUUCAGCUGGUACCUAGAUGACAACAUUAAAACCUAUUGCUCAGAACCCGAGAAAGUUGACAAAGACAAUGAAGACUUCCAAGAGAGUAACAGAAUGUAUUCUGUUAAUGGAUACAGUUUUGGAAGUUUGCCUGGACUCACCAUGUGUGCGGAGGAUAGAGUAAAGUGGUAUCUUUUUGGAAUGGGCAAUGAAGUCGAUAUACACGCAGCUUUCUUCCACGGACAGACUUUGACUAACAAGAACUACCGUGUUGAUACAGUCAAUCUCUUUCCUGCUACCCUUUACGAGGCUUUCAUGGUGGCCCAGAACCCUGGAGAAUGGAUGCUUAGCUGUCAAAAUCUAAACCAUCUGAAAGCGGGCUUACAGGCAUUUUUCCAGGUGCAGGACUGUAACAAACCUUCAGAAGACAGUGUCCUCGGGAACCAGGUCAGACGCUACUACAUUGCCGCUGAAGAAAUCAUCUGGAACUAUGCACCCUCUGGCAUAGACACGUUCACCCAACAAAAUUUAACUGAACCAGAAAGUGCUUCAGAGGUGUUUUUUAAACAAGGCCCUGAGAGAAUUGGAGGCUCUUACAAAAAAAUGGUUUACCGUGAGUACACAGAUUCCUCCUUCACAAAUCAAAAGGCGAGAGGGCCUGCGGAGGAACAUCUCGGUAUCCUAGGUCCUAUCAUUUCGGCUGAGGUGGGGGACAUCAUCAGAAUCACCUUCAAGAACAAAGGAACACAUCCUCUCAGUAUCGAGCCCAUUGGGGUGAGAGUCAGCAAGGACAAUGAGGGCACAUACUAUGGUGGACAGUACAGCCGCAGUGGAGGUGUGCCUCCUUCUGCCUCCCAUGUGGCUCCUGGAGAAACAUUCAUCUAUGAAUGGACUGUCCCUAAAGAAGUGGGGCCCACUUACAAAGACCCUGUCUGUUUAGCUAAGAUGUAUUAUUCUGCUGUGGAUCCAACCAAAGAUAUUUUCACUGGGCUCAUUGGGCCAAUGAAAAUAUGCAAGAAAGGAAGCUUACAUGCAAAUGGCAAACAGAAAGAUGUAGACAAGGAGUUCUACUUGCUUCCCAUAGUGUUUGAUGAGAAUGAGAGCUUAUUACUGGAUGAUAAUAUCAGAAUGUUUACAACUGCAUCUGAUACGCUGAAUAAGGAAGAUGAAGACUUUCAGGAAUCUAAUAAGAUGCACUCCAUGAAUGGAUUCAUGUACGGGAAUCUGCCUGGUCUCACCAUGUGCCAAGGAGAUGAAGUUGUGUGGUACCUAUUUAGUGCUGGAAAUGAGGCUGAUGUACACGGGAUUUACUUUUCAGGAAACACAUACCUGUCAAAAGGAGAAAGGAGAGAUACAGCCAACCUCUUCCCUCAGACAACCCUGACACUCUCCAUGCAGCCUGAUACUCUAGGGACUUUUGAUCUGGAGUGCCUCACCACUGACCACUAUGCAGGUGGCAUGAAGGAGAAAUACACAGUGAAUGAAUGUGGCCGUCAGUCUGAGAGUUCGAGCCUAUACCUGGGAGAGAAGACCUACUACAUUGCAGCGGUGGAGGUGGAAUGGGAUUACUCCCCAACCCGGACCUGGGAACAGGAGCUGCACCAUUUACAGGAGCAAAAUAUGUCCAAUGCAUUUUUAGAUAAGGGAGAAUUUUACAUCGGUUCCAAGUAUAAGAAAGUUGUGUAUCGGCAGUACACGGACAGCACGUUCAGCGUCCCCGUGGAGAGGAAAGCAGAAGACGAGCACCUGGGGAUCCUAGGUCCACUGCUUCAUGCAUAUGUUGGGACCAUGGUUAAAAUUGUCUUUAAAAACAUGGCCACCAGACCCUACUCCAUCCAUGCCCAUGGGGUGAAAACGGAGAGCUCAACAGUGACGUCCACUUUACCAGGUGAAACUCGCACUUACAUGUGGAAAAUCCCAGAGAGAUCUGGAGCUGGAAUAGAGGACUCUGCUUGCAUUCCAUGGGCUUACUAUUCAACUGUGGAUCGAGUGAAGGAUCUCUAUAGUGGAUUGAUUGGCCCGCUGAUUGUUUGUCGGAAAUACCACAUGAAAAUAUUCAAUCCCAUAAAGAAACUGGAAUUUUCCCUCCUGUUCUUAGUUUUCGAUGAGAAUGAAUCUUGGUAUUUAGAUGACAACAUCAGAACCUACUCAGAUCACCCCGAGAAAGUAGACAAAGAUGAUGAAGAGUUCAUAGAAAGCAAUAAGAUGCACGCCAUUAAUGGGAGAAUGUUUGGCAAUCUGCAUGGCCUCACAAUGCAUGUGGGAGAUGAAGUCAACUGGUAUCUCAUGGGGAUGGGCAAUGAAAUCGACUUGCACUCUGUGCAUUUCCACGGCCACAGCUUUGGAUACAAGCACAGGGGCGUUUACAGUUCUGAUGUCUUUGACAUUUUCCCUGGGACAUACCAGACCCUACACAUGUUCCCCCAAACACCUGGAAGCUGGUUACUUCACUGCCACGUGACCGAUCAUAUCCAUGCUGGGAUGAAAACAACUUACACAGUUCUACCAAACAAAGGAAGCAGGGGUCCUGUGUGCUGCCAGACACGCUGAAACAUCCAGGAGACAGACACAAGGACUAAAGUAUUACUGGGUCCAUAGUAUCCAUAGGACCCGGGCUGGACAAGUGCUGUGUUACAAGACAUAAGAUCCACUCUGUGUAUAGUUCAGUGCAAACACACUUGAAAGGCACGGGACAGUGGAACAUUUCAAGGAAUGCUUACAGGUAAGUUAAGAGUUCAAGAGCUUAUCGACCGACAUGGCUCAGAUGAGCCCUUAGACUAAAGCUGUCAAUGAGGAAGAUGUGAAGGGAUCCACCAGCACAAAUACACGUUCAACUCAAAAUUAUGUGACCAGUUUGAUGCAAGAGGGGCAAAGCAAUCAAGUGGCACUUAGCACAAACUCACUUUCUCAUCUCCUCGACUGCAAACACACUUUGCUUAAAUGGGGGAUCUUCAGAACAGCACUUCUUUAUUUUUAAUUUUUUUAAAUAUCUCCCCCCUUUUUGUUGUUCCCUUGUUAUCAUUGUUGUUGUUAUUAUUACUGCUGUCAUUGUUGUUGGAUAGGACAGAGAGAAAUGGAGAGAGGAGGGGAAGACAGAGAGGGGGAGAGAAAGACAGACACCUGCAGACCUGCUUUACCGCCUGUGAAGCGAACCCCCUGCAGGUGGGGAUCCGGGGCUUGAACUGGGAUCCUUAUACUGGUCCUUGCGCUUCAAAACAGUACUUUCAAGCGGCCAACGGCUCUGCCUAACAUUAACAAGAUUAAUGAACUCAGCUGGAAAAUACAACUUCAACACAAGAUGUACACUGAUAUCAAUACAACCAUGCUCUUUGCCGUCAGCCAACAAUGGACUAGUGUGAAGUGUAACACUCAAGAUAAAGGACCCUGAUAUCCACGUAUCUAUCAGGAUUUAGUGGCUGGAUAAUGGCAAUUCAAACAAUAGUAUGCUGUAGAAUACUGCAAAUUUAGUGACACUCAACUUUUAAGUCUUACAAUUAUGCUAAUGAUAGUAACAACCUUCAUUUCCUACAUGAAAUAAAUGAAGCACGUAGAUCAUCAAUAAAAAAUAUAACUGUC